UGUGUGUGUGUGUGUGUGUGUGUGUGUGUGUGUGAACGCUCCUUUGGCUGUGUUUGCAAUGCAGCCUCUGUUACUGGUGGAUUCCUCAUUGCCUGGGAGUGAGGAAAGCCACCCCCACCUUCCCCUCAGAGAGAGACUGCUGGAGGCUUUAAGUCUAGGGAAAUACCGGCACUACUACAUUUCCCAUCAGCCCUUUAACCACAGUCAGGAGGAGGAGGAGCGGUGCAUUGAGAAUGUCCUCAGGGUGCGCUCCCCCUCCCUCCCCAGCUCUCUGUGCAGAGCGAGAGAUGAACAGACGAAGGGGGGAGGGAGCGAGAGCGAUAGUGACCUGCUGUUCUUCUCUUUUGCCUCAUCCUCCUCCUGCCUGUUCCUUUCCUCGUCAUCAGAAGGCGAGACCGUUUCGCGGAUCAGUCAGGGCCGCUCGCGUAAACGAAAGCGCUUUCGCACGCUCUUCAGCAGUCAUGGCCUGAGCUCAUACAGCGCCAUGGGCAACCAGGAUGCGAAGCCGAAGCGCUCUGCCCCCGUGGGAGAUGGAGAGAGCGCGGUGGAUGAGUGCAGCCAUGCUGACACCACAAAGAAAGGAUUUCACACCAAGAAAUCCCACGGCAAGCAUGGCAAGGGUGGAGACGGAGGAGGAAAGAAGAAGGGCAAGUCCGAGUCCAAAUCGGUCUUCAACAUCCGCAAGCGAAAAAAUCUAGCCAAGGUUAAGGGCCUGCUCAGCGGCUCGCGAGAAGAUGCUCUGGACUCGCAGCAUGACGAGCUGGACACCAAAACACCCGAGCUGUCGGCCGAUGAACUCGGCCAAUCCGACGCUGAGGACCAGAGACCUGUUCUCUCCGAUAACAACAGCAGACUGGAGACGCCGGACGCUCCAGAGAAGAAGGCCAGCUCCGGAUCGGAUACGGAUAUUUACAGCUUUCACUCUGCGGCUGAGCACGAGGACCUGCUGGCUGACAUUCAGCAUGCCAUCAGACUCCAGCAGCAGGGAAAAGAGUGGAAACAAAAUGGCAUCCCCGAGGCUGAAAAUAAACAACGCUUCUACACCAAAUCAGAGCCGUUCACCAUGCUGGAGAUGCCUCGCUGUCAGGAGAACGGCCUGGGGACACACUCUGAACUCGUUAAGAGCGAUACAGAUGGAAAAAGAGAUGCUGCGAAGAAGGGGGACGAGAAGAACGAAGCGGGAGAGAAGGAGAGGUGGGGGGAGGAGAUUGGUAACGGCAAGACCGGUGCUUCCGAGCUGGCCCUUUGUGCUGCUAUCGCCGUAGCAACUGAGACAAAAGAGCCAGAGGCAGCGCUUGACGCAGCCCCCUUCGUUGCUGAGGAGACGGUUGAGGAGACAGUCGGAAGGGUUGUGAGUUUAGUCACCAAGACAACCAGUGAGGCCAGCUUUCCAGACUUCACGGCUUCGUUUGAGAGUGCGGUGGAGGCCGCUGAGGAAGUGGAGGAAAAUGACGAUGUGGAUCUUCUGCUCCAAGAGGAGGACUCGAGUUCAGACACGAAACGGCCAGAGACUGGCGCUUCGUCGUCAUCUCUGGAAAUCGAAUGCAUCGACGCUGAGGUUUUGACCGCUGAGCCGACCGCAGGCGAUAAGGAGGAAGAUGAAGAGGAAGUGCCGAUUGCAAGGAGGAGGAAGAGUAGUAUAUCGCUUCCACAGUGGCUCCAGCAGGAGAGUCCUGUAGCCACGAGGCACGUGAAGCCCAGCAUCCCAACAAUCGGCAGUCCAGUAGUAAAACCCUACCCUCUCAUCCACCCUUCAUACAUCAAAACCACCACGCGCCAGCUUAGCUCACCUGUUCCUUCUCCCGUACCCUCGCCCUCCCACAGCCCACUCUGCACACGCCGCUCCCAUGAGGCUCCACCCACCACCAACACCAUCGCCGCCACUCGGGCAGGACGCAUGCGCCCAAGACAACGGCAGCGCUCUUACAGCGUCACCGGACCCAUCAGUCGCUCCGCCGACUGGACCGAAGAGCUCCGUCCCCUUCCACCCAAAACCGGCUCAGAGGACUUCCUCGAGUACGGCGGCUCAGAGGGGACGCUCCGGACAGGAGUGACGCCGCUUGAGGCUGGUCGCAGGGCUUCAGCCGGACAAGUCUCCACCUGCAGCUUUCAGGAUGUGUUCACAGGACGCACUCUGUUGGAGAGGUUCUUCCAGCAGCAGGAGAAGUCCGGGUGCGAAGAAGAGGCGGAGAAGCUGUGCUCGCGAAUCCUUGCCAUGGGGCUCCUCCUGCCCUUCAGCGACUGUUUUGGAGAGCAGUAUGGAGGCAGCAGCACCCACAUCAGCCCUCAGUUCAGCCAAGAUCAGCUGUACACCUGGGCCCCGGUGAGUCAGCCCCCCCUAUCGCUGGAGCACUUCGAGGGCCGCUUACCGGGUCACGUCAAGUCCCUGUGGCCCCCCGCUCGAGCCGAAACUGACGAUAGACCAGGUCUGAAGUACACUGAAGCAGAGCACCAAGCUGUUGUAUUAGGGUUGAAGAAACAACAGCAGGAGGAAAUCCAGGAGAUUCAGGAAGAGUCCGUGCUGAACACCGUGCGCCUGAAGCAGGAGCACGUGACCGUGAUUCAGCAGCUGGAGCAGACGAUUGAGGACCUACGCAGCAAGAUUGCCGAGCUGGAGAAGCAGCAACACCCCCUGCAGGACCAUGACGUCAGUACGCAGGAGCAGGAGUGCGGAGAGGAUGAGAGUUUCUUGCCGGAUGUUUGCCAUGUGGACCUGCAGACGGAGACCUGCGCUCUCCUUGCAUUAGAGGCAAAAUCGGUGCAGACUUCCCCUACAAAUGAGAGCUUUACUUUCAAAGUGCCUUCUUCAGAGCAGAGCAGCUCCGAGCAGCCUCUGCCCACACCGAGCGAGCCAUCACUGGGAGCGGUGACAGAAUCUCAGCCAGCAGGGACUGGUUCUCCUAAAUCAGGACAGUUUGUGUGUACGUGUCAUCAGCAACAGUGGCCUCCACCUCCUCCUCCACCCCCGUUGCCUGGUUUACCUGUCCUGCCACUUGCCCCACCUUUACCUGCAGUGUCCCUACCUCCUCCUCCUCCACCUCUUCCUCCACUAUCAGAGCCCUCUGUUCCCCAAACUGCUACAACUCUACCUCCUGCACCACCACCACCUCCACCUUUACCUGGACAAACAUUACAUCCACCACCACCUCCUCCUCUACCAGGGUCAGUUGUUCCAACACCCCCGCCCCCUCCACCUCUGCCUGGCCAGGCUGCGAUGCCACCACCCCCACCACCUCCACCCUUACCUGGAAUGGGUGUGCCCCCACCACCUCCACCCUUACCUGGAACGAGUGCGCCCCCACCACCUCCACCCUUACCUGGAGCGGGUGCGCCCCCACCACCUCCACCCUUACCUGGAGGAGGUAUGCCCCCACCACCUCCACCACCCCCUCCAGGACUGACUGGCCCUCCAGCUCCCCCACUCCUCCCAGGUGCCUCUGGCCUUCCUCUCCCCAGCAAUUUUGGAUCUCUGCCUCCUCCACUUCCUUUUGGACUGUAUGCUCUGGCUGCAGCCCAGGAGAAGGUUCCUCGAAAAGGACUGGUGGAGCCACCACACCCCAUGAAGCCUCUCUACUGGACCCGCAUCCAGCUCCAUGCCAGAAAAGAUUCAAACCCCCUGGUUUGGGAGAAGAUUGAAGAGCCCUCAGUGGAUUUUGAGGAGUUUGUGGAGCUUUUCUCCAAGACUGCAGUGAAGGAGAAGAAAAAGCCCCUCUCGGACACCAUCACCAGGACUAAGACCAAACAGGUGGUGAAGCUGUUGAACAAUAAGCGCUCUCAGGCCGUGGGGAUUCUCAUGUCCAGCCUCCACCUCGACAUGAAGGACAUCCAACACGCGAUACUAAACCUGGACAACACCGUGGUGGACCUCGAGACGUUACAAGCUCUGUACGAGAAUAGAGCACAGGCGGACGAGGUGGAGAAGAUCGACAAGCACAUCAAGUCCACCAAGGAGAAGGAGGGAGCCAAACCUCUGGACAAACCUGAACAGUUCCUGUUCCAGCUCUCACAAAUUCCCGAGUUCUCAGGAAGAGUCUUUUGUAUUUUGUUUCAGUCCACGUUUUCCGAAUGCAUUUCGUCCGUCCUGCGCAAACUGGAAAUCCUACAGAGAGUGUGUAAGACUCUGCAAAGUGGUUCCAGCGUGAUGCGGGUUCUGGGUCUGAUUCUGGCUUUUGGAAACUUCAUGAACGGAGGGAACCGAACCAGAGGACAAGCAGACGGCUUCGCACUGGACAUCCUGCCCAAGCUCAAGGACGUCAAAAGCAGCGACAACACCAGAAGUCUGCUGUCUUACAUCGUCGCUUACCACCUGCGACACUUUGAUGAGGACGCUGGCCGGGAGACGUGUGUGUAUCCUCUGCCCGAGCCACACGACCUGUUCCAGGCGUCUCAGAUGAAGUUUGAGGAUUUCACUAAAGAUCUGCUGAAGCUGCGAAAAGACCUGCGAGCAUGCACUGCAGAGGUGGAGAAGGUGUGUAGGGUCUCCACCGAAGAGCACCUGCAGCCCUUCAAGGACAAAAUGGAAGAGUUCGUGAGCCGAGCUAAACAAGAACUGGAGGCCCAGGAAAGCCAGCUAAAAGAAACUCACAAAACGUUCCUGGAGUUGACCGUGUUCUUCUCUGUGAAGCCUAAGAGCGGCGAGAAAGAGGUUUCGCCCAACACGUUCUUCUCGGUGUGGCACGAGUUCUCCACUGAUUUCAAAGACCUGUGGAAGAAAGAGAACAAGCUGAUCUUGCAGGAAAGGUUAAAAGCAGCAGAGGAAUGUUUUAGACAAGCCAAGGAAAAAGCCACGUACAGUGUCAAACCCAAGCACGCCUCUGGAAUUAAAGCGAAGCUGGGCAUGAAGAUCUAACAAGCUGGACUUUUUAAUCCUAAAAAUGAAGUAAAAACCCUUACGGAUGAGCUGUGAGGUAGAGUGCAUGGACUGCAGACAUGGGCUAUUUUGUGUAUUAAAAAUUCAUACUUCUGUGUCACACGUGCACACACACACACACAAUAAUGUAAUGUAGCAGCCCUCAAAAUGUUCAUCUGCAGCAUACAUACAGGAAGUGUGUCAUGUGAUGUCAGAACCUAUCAGUGUGCGCGCCCCCAUGGGUGAUUUGCCGUGUAUGUAAACUGGAUCGUACCUCGUUAAAAGGAAAAGACAUGAGAAGUAUGUGCUACCAGUGGUGAAAAUGAAAAGAAAUUAAGCUUGAUAAAUGGGGAAUGUGUGUAUUUUCCCCUCAGCUUGUUUAAACUGCAGUAUUUUCUCUGAACCGGUCCCUCGUUGCCGUGGAUCACCAGCAGUAUGACGACGCAAACACUCCAUUUUGUUUUAGGCCAGUUUCUCAGAUAAAAAUGAAGGCAGUCAUUCUUUCGUCAUCAGUGUAAUACUAAAAAUGCUUAAAAAAAAAAAAAAAAAAAAAACGCUUUUUCAAGCUGUAUUUAGGCUUUCCCCCCCCCCCUUCCUUCCAUCGUGGAGUUCCUAUAUCACGAAUAACGUAAGCAUUAACUGUAACACGGUGUUACACGUCAGUAUAAGUGGCUUAAGCAGAGCUCCUUAAAAGACUGCACAGGAUCUGCGAGCUCGCACUAACGGGGAGAUUAUCAGGAAGCAGUAGGACACCUGAGGGAUGAGCAUUCACGUAAACGAGAGCGAAGUCCGCCUUAGUGAUGAUCAGGUACAUGCAUUGUUCUUCCUACUUCAGCAACAGAGGUAUUCCAGUUCCAGCUGAAGUCGUAGAGCUGUAUUCUGUCUGUUUAACCCAUACAGGAUCAUGGCAGAAAAAAAUGUUUAAUAGGGAUUAUUUUUAAAUGGCAACAUACAAGACUUGCUUAAAAUGUAUUUAAAAAUGCCAUUAUUUUAUCUAAUGUAAAGUAGUAUUAGCAUCUUUAUGUAAGAUAAUUCAUGUGUAUAUUUUUUUUCUUUUCUUUUUUUUUUUUAUAACUUAAUUUUUUCUGUCUCAGCAUGUAUGUGUUCAGUGUCAAUCACUCUGGUUCAAGAGCAAGGAGGGUCUGCCCACGUGCAAUAACUGUUUGUAUCUUUUUGUUUGGGUAUUUUUUUUGGAAAUAACAUAAUUUAUGUAAAAUAAAGAGAAAUAAAUUAAAGGGUUGGUCUGUCAUUUGAACCAAACGCUAUUUUUAACACCAACAUCAUGUCUGGAGAAAUGUGAAGAUGCUCUAAAGCCACAUUGGGAAAUAUUACAGUACACUUGUAUAGAUAACAUGGAAAAACAGGUAAUAUGGCACAAUUACGAACUAUCUUUUUCUAAAUAUUUACUUGUUUCUGUGAAUAAAUAAUAUUAAACUAGUUAAGUCUGCUGUGUAUGUGUGUGUGUGUGUAUAUGUAUGUAUGUAUGUACACGUGUGUAUUUAUAUAUAUUUACACACAUUAUAUAUAUAUAUAUAUAUAUAUGUGUGUGUGUGUGUGUGUGUGUGUGAGAUAUAUAUAUAUACACACACAUAUAUACAUACACACAGAUAUACAUUUAUAUAUAGUGUGUGUUUAUAUAUUUACACAUAUUAAAUGUGUAUAUAUGUGUGUGUGUAUAUAUAAUGUGUGUAUAUAUUUACACACAUAUUUUAUGUG